AUGGGGCAAUCGUGGGGGCUGCUUCUUCUCCUGGCCGGCAGUGUGUGGGCACAGUAUGAGAAAUAUAGUUUUCGGGGCUUCCCCCCUGAGGAUUUAAUGCCUUUAGGCUCAGCCUAUGCCUAUGCUCUGGAGCUGUAUGAGGGUGAGAGCUGGAAGGAGAGUGCCCGAUACCUGGAGGCAUCACUGAGGCUGCACAGGCUGCUCCAAGACAGUGAAGCCUUUUGCCAUGCCAAUUGUAGCAGUACCAGGUCCUCUGGGGAACAAUCCCCAACCUGGGGGACCAAAGAAGAGCUGGAGAAAGAGUGGGGCCGGGAGCUAUGGUUUUUUGGGCAGGUAUUGGAUCGGGCAGCCUGUCUGAGGAGGUGCAAGAGGACACUGCCAGCUUUCCAGGUGCCCUACCCACCUCGACAGCUGCUCAAGGACUUCCAGAGCCGGCUGCCAUAUCAGUAUCUGCAUUAUGCCCUAUUCAAGUCUAACCAACUGGAGAAAGCAGUGGCUGCUGCUUACACUUUCCUGCAAAGGAACCCCAAGCAUGAGAUGACCACCAAAUACCUUAACUACUACAGGGGACUGCUGGAUGUGGAUGAGUACCUUACUGACCUGGAGGCCUACCCCUAUGAGGCAGUGUUUGUCCAGGCUGUGAAGCUCUACAAUAGUGGUGAUUUCCGCAGCAGUGUUGGGGAUAUGGAGCGAGCUCUUGCUGAGUAUCUCACUGUCUUUGCCAAUUGCCUGGCUGGUUGUGAGGGGGCCCACGAGCUCUCAGACUUCAAGGACUUCUACCCAGCUAUUGCAGACCGUUUUGCAGAAUCUCUUCAGUGUAAAGUGGACUGUGAGGCCAACCUAACCCCCAAUGUGGGUGGCUACUUUGUGGACAAAUUCGUGGCUACAAUGUAUCACUACCUCCAGUUUGCCUACUACAAAUUGAAUGAUGUGCGCCAGGCUGCCCGAAGUGUGGCCAGCUACAUGCUUUUUGACCCUGCAGACAACGUAAUGCAACAGAACUUGGUGUAUUACCGAUUUCACCGAGAGCGAUGGGGGCUGCAGGAGGAAGACUUCCAGCCCCGGGAGGAAGCUAUGCUCUACCACAACCAGACUACCGAACUCCGGGAGCUGCUAGAUUUUGCUCGUUUAUAUCUGCAAGCAGAUGAUGAGAUGGAGCUAGAAGAGCCAGGACUACCGCUGGAGUCAGACCCACCACCAUCAGAUACAGAGUUCGAAGGGGAGGGUGACUACGAGGAAAGCAUCUAUGCAGAUUGGUGGCAAGAGCCCAAUGCCAAGGGUGAUGAAGCAGAAGCUGAGCCUGAGCAGGCAUGAGACGGAGCCCCUUGGGGAGCACUCCAGAAUGCUGGGAUGACCAGGCCCUCCUACCUCCAAGGAAGUAGCAGCAACAACAAAUAUUUAUUAAAAAUUUAUGAGGAACAGAACUGGUAUUCCCCCUUCCCCCAACCUCAGGGCCUCUUCCUUUCCAGAUCACUGGUUCUACCUUCUUCAUCUCUUCUCCUCUAGUCCCUGUGGAGCCAGGGUCACUUGUAAAAUUGGCCCAGGAGGGAUGGAGAGAACUUCCCUGUUCUGCUAGGGUUCUCCUGCCUUCUCCAGCCCCAGCUCCCGGGACUCAGGAACCUGAGUUUCUUAGCAGUGAGGCUUUGGACUGAAGCAGCAUCAGUCCUUGGACGCCGCCUUAAACUGGAUUUUGGGGAACGUUGGAAACAGGAAGAACAGCCUGCUGUAGUGGAACAAGAGUUGGGAGACCCCGAGUUCAAGUGCUGACUGUGCUGCUUAUCUGCUCGGUGAAUUUUAGUCCCUCUCUGGGACUGAGUUUCCUUCUCUGCAGAGUCAGAGGGUUGGAUUGCAUGGAUUGGCCUUCCUGGGCUGAGGAGAAUUGGUGUGAACACGCCGGUA